CAAACCCGGUGAGCGUCUGUUGCGGGUCAGAGGAACCCGGAUCUACUUCAGGCGGUUCUAGGGGGAAAAGGGGCGGGGCGGAUGUGGAGCGCUCCCUCAGACUCCUGCCAUGGCUGCAGCGGUGUGGACCGACAGAGGACGGAGAGCCGCGGCUGUUUUGGGGACAGUGACUAGAUCCACGUCCAGCCACAGCGCUCUAAAACCGCAGUACGACGCGCUGGUGAUCGGAGGAGGGCACAAUGGACUGGUGGCAGCCGCCUAUCUUCAGAAGGGAGGACUGAAGACAGCAGUGCUGGAGCGCAGACAUGUGCUGGGAGGAGCAGCUGUAACAGAGGAGAUCUUCCCCGGUUUCCGCUUCUCCAGGUGUUCCUAUUUGCUCAGUCUGUUAAGACCCCACAUAUACGCGGAUUUGGAGCUCAAGAAACAUGGGCUGAAGGUGUAUAUGAGGGACCCCCAUGCCUACACCCCCAUGCUGGAGGAGGGGGUGGGAGGUGCCCCGCCAAGGUCUCUCACCCUGGGCGCCGACUUGGCCAUGAACCAGGCGGAGAUCGGCAAAUUCUCACAGAAGGAUGCUCAGGCAUUCUCUGAUUUCAUUGCACACCUUGACAAGCUGGCAGGGGCCAUCCACCCUCUUCUGGAUGCUCCUCCUGUAGAUAUUCCAGGUGCGACGGCUGGGUCGCUGAGGAAGAGGCUGGCUGCUGCUAAAACCCUGAGGCCUAUCAUCAAAUGUGGUUUGAAACUGGGCAGAAACAUUCCAGAUUUCUAUGAGAUUGUAACUGCCCCGAUACUGAAGAUCCUCAAUCGGUGGUUCGAGUCGGAGCCGCUGAGAGCGACACUGGCUACUGACGCUGUGAUAGGAGCCAUGACCAGUCCAAGUAACCCUGGUAGCGGGUAUGUGCUCUUGCACCAUGUGAUGGGAGAGCUGGAGAAGGAGAAGGGGGCAUGGGGUUAUGUGGAGGGAGGAAUGGGCGGCGUGUCUCAGGCCAUCGCUAGCUCUGCUCGAUCCCGUGGUGUAGACAUUUUCACUGAGAAGGAAGUGGAACAGGUCCUGGUUGAUUCAGAUGGGGCUGCCAAGGGAGUGGUGUUGAAAGAUGGCACAGAGAUCUACAGUAAAGUUGUCUUGUCAAACGCCACCCCUUAUGUUACCUUCAAGAAUCUCGCUCCACGGGCUGCCCUUUCUCCAGAGUUCCUCAAAGCUGUGGAUCAGAUUGACUACACCUCACCUGUUACCAAGAUCAAUGUGGCAGUGGACAAGCUGCCAAACUUCCUGGCAUCUCCCACACCAGACGAUAAACCCGGACCCCACCACCAGUGCUCCAUUCACCUCAACUGUGAGAGCGUGGAGGUGCUGGAGACCGCAUACAAAGAGGCCAUGAACGGACGUCCUUCAGCAAGACCUAUGCUGGAGAUGACCAUCCCCUCCGUGUUGGAUCCGACUCUGGCUCCCCCUGGCUGCCACGUGGUGUCACUGUUCACCCAGUUCACCCCUUACCACAUAGAGGGCAGGGAGUGGACAAACCAGGACAGAGAGGCCUUCGCGGACACUGUAUUCGACUGGGUGGAACAAUACGCCCCUGGGUUCAAAAAGUCAGUCGUUGGCAGGGACAUCCUGGCUCCACCUGACCUGGAGAGGAUCUUCGGGCUCACUGGAGGGAAUAUCUUCCAUGGAUCGAUGUCACUGGACCAGCUCUACCUAGCUCGACCUUUGCCCUCCCUGUCAGACUACCGCUCACCGAUUAAAGGGCUGUAUCUGUGUGGCAGCGGCUGUCAUCCAGGUGGUGGUGUAAUGGGUUCUCCCGGCUGGAACGCAGCACUCACUGUCAUGGCAGACCUCAAACGUCGCUGAAACAUCUGACGGCAUCAGUCUGCAGUCCACUCAUCAGUAUUCAGUGUUAUUUCUGUGAAUUUGACUGAGUUUGAGCCAUGAAUUUCAACACUUGCUGAUCAGUUGUUUUAGCGCCAUAUUAGGUUGGCUAUCUGCCAAGGAAAAAAAAAAAAUAACGUGAUAAUGUUUGAUUUCACAAUACAACCUACAUAAAAUGUACGAGAAAAGGAGAGAAUCAAUAGAAGUGGACUUUAUAUGGCUCUUCAUAUGCCGUCCAUUUCCACCAGUGAAAAGAAA